AUGGAGAAAACUAGUCUGUUAUCGAUAUCAAGACCCUACUAUUCCCCCAAGGAAUUGUCUUAUCUUCACUCCAAAACUAUAGCAGAUUCGAAGAAAGUCAUAUAUAAUCAAAGAAAGCACCAGGUAUACCAAUACUUAUUUCAAAUUAUCAAAGUUCUUAAGUUACCUUUGAAAGUUUUGAAUACCUCCAUGAUUUAUUACCAAAAAUUCUAUCUUUUCAACAUAUUCGAAGAGGAAUUCGAGGACUUUUCUAAUAUAGAAAAAUCUAUGGAGUUAGACCCUUUCAAUGUUAGUUUGGCAUCAUUAUUCUUAGCAUGUAAAAACGAAGACUGUAUCAAGAAGUUAAGAGACAUUCUCUUGGUAGCCAAUAAAAUCAAGGACAAUCAAAUCGAAGAAAAUUUUAUUGAAUUACAGAGGAAGAUUAUUCUUGGUUUAGAAUUCAAAUUAUUGCAAAUCCUUCAAUUCAAUUUCAAUAAUCAAAUAAGUUUUUCGACCGAUUCUUUAGUCUUACAAUUUUGCAAGAAAAUAAAUUUGAACUAUAAGUAUUCAUUGUUCUGCUGGUUAGUAAAUUUUGAUUUGAUGUUAACUCCCAUAGGCCUCACCUUGCCUCCACAUUGCAUUGCGUUAGCGAUAAUCAUCAUAUCGUUGAAUUUCAAACCAAAUGAUUUGAAAACAAGAGAAUUACUGAGCGGAGUUAACGAAAAUAUACUAGACAGUUUGAAUCCUAAAGAUUUCAAGUGCCCCGAAAAAUUAGUUAACGAAGGAAUAUUGUACAUUUUAGACUUUUAUAUUCACCAAUACAAUUUGUCUAUCUUGAAUAAUUAUUUACCACAAAUUAAUGAGGAUUUAAACAAGGAACAGAUAUUCAAAUUCAUGAAUUUGAAGUCAAAAUUCAACAAUUUGCGGACACUAAACGAACAUUCUAUCGAUGGAAAUUUGUUAAAACAAGACGAGUCACUCAGUUUGUUCGAUUACUCAAUCAGCUCCAAAGGAACAUCUAGAUUUAUUAAUAAGAGAAAGAGACUUUUGGAAGAGAUAGACUAA